UCGACCACCAUGCCGCCACCAAUUUACUACUACAAAUAAAUUAGAAAUAAAUACAAAUUAACAAUACAAUAUAUCUUCAUAAUAAUUGUCCUCAUAUUCUUUUGUAACUCAUACUCUUCUGUCACUUCUUGUCCAUGUCUUGUUAAAACUUAUUACUGUAAUGCCUAAUAUAAACAAUUUAGGGGCGGCUGUCUUGACUUAUUUUCGAGUGGAGGAGGCUGGUUUGACGACAGUAACAAGGUUGGCUUACGGAAGCCGCAGUAAAAACCAAAACAAAAAAAAAAUAUAUUUUUUAAAGCCUUCCCUUCAUCAUCCUUUCAUCAGGAAGCAAAGCAGUGGAAUCACUUUCGUCUUCACUGGUACAGAAUCAUGGAGUUUGACUUGGAAAAAAGUUUCGGAAGACCUUGGUGUACACAUUUCAGGACUUAUUGUUUAAUAAGUUGGAACAUGAACAGGCUACAACCAGGAAGAGAGGAUGAACGUUUAAAUUACAAAUCCGUGGACUCCACUCCCCAAUAGUCAGAGAGCAGUUCUACUCAAUGGGUCUUCACGUCUCGUCCUGUCUGUGACACGAUGGAGCCCGCUGGGUGUACGCCUUGUCCAGGCAAGCCUGACCCCUCUCUGACCCCCCAGCACCUUGAGGUCGAUCGGGACGUCUUCCACGAGCUGGGAUACUCCACGGCCCAGGUCACAGCUGUGCUCAAGAAGUACGGCCCCAACACAGACAGAAAUAAAGUUCUCGGAGAGCUGGUUCAGAUUAGAGCUCACAGGGCCAAGCAGGGGUCCGUGACCACCGAGUCGGUGCUGGUUACCAAAAAUGACAUGCAGUCCACAGAGCUUGCCGUGAGGUUGCCGCUUGCUUCUCAAAGCAAAGAGAAGGACAGCGAUGAUGACGACGCUCUGAGGCCCGUUGUCAUAGAUGGGAGUAAUGUAGCCAUGAGGUGAGAACAGUUUUUAUUUGAAUGCCAAAAUGUCAAGCAUUCUUUCAUUGUAGCUGCCUUCUAGUGGUAAUUAAUCUAGUAAUACAUGUAUUAUAUAAAAUGUAUAUAAUAGAUUUCAUCUUGGGACAGAAAGUUGUGCUUUUUUUUAAAUUUAAAAACUAUGAAUUAAAAAUAAAAGAAUGCAGAUUUUCUCUCAGAAUGGGAAAUUAUUCCAGUCAAUCAUGCAAGAAUGCUACACAUUCUCUUAAUUU